AUGUUAUCUCCUUUAAUUAUCAGUGCAUUUAUAUAAACAACUAUAACAGAAGGUAUAUUUGCUACUUCUAUUGCUUGUAUUUUCAGGUUUAAAUUUUUUAUAUAUUUUUAGUAUGAAAAUGUACUCAUACAUUAUAAGUAAUGAAAAACUAAACUUAAUUCAAUAUAAUCUAUAUCUUUGGUUGCCAUGUCUCAUUUGCUAACCAAAUUAAAUGAUUUUUAAGAAGAAAACAAAUUUUAUUUAGAUAAUCAAAUAUAUCAUAAAUUCCUCUGUAAUAAUAUUAUGGGACUUAUAUUAUAUUAUGUAUGAAAUUUAACCCAAUUAUAUACAUGAAGGUUUAGCUAAAUUUAUUAUUAAUUAUUCAUUUCGAUUAGGCAUUUUAAUUGUUAUCAACCAUUAUUUAAUUUUUGAUUAUAUUCUAGGUUUAUUUAUGGAAAUAACAAAAGUUGAAAAUCUUGUGUUUUAUGAAGAUUGGUGGAAUGCUGAUGGAUUUGGAACAUUAAAUAGAAAAUGGAAUAAAUAAGUUCAUAAUUUUCUAAAAAUCAAUAUUUAUUAAAGAUUGAGUAAAAAUGGAAAAAAUAUGAAGGCUCUCAUUAUAACUUAUUUGAUUACAGCAUUACUUCAUGAAUAUUGUAUUAAUGUUACUCUUAAAACUGUAAGAUUUUACUUUUUAAUCUUCAGUUGUGCUUAAUUCAUAUUGAUUCCUUAUUAAAAAUAUAUUCCUUUUCCUAGAUAUAUUCUGUUUAGCUUAGUAUUAUUUGGAAAUAGUUUAAUGAUAUAUUUGUAUACCCAUUAUUGA